AUGUCGAUUCCGAGGCGUGAACAACACCUUACGACGCUUAUUUUUCCGAGCUUCAAGAACCUUAGGCAGAUUGGUCUUGAAGCUUCAAAUUCAGAGCCAGCGGACGAAGGAGUCGCUGAGCAGCCGAAUCAACCCUCCUUGAACAGAUCCGACGGACUAGAGAAGGAGGUUGACGCGGCACUAAAUUUUCCUUUUGAAGAAGUCAGCCUCAAUCCUCUAUCCACUUCUGGCCAAGCGGACGUGUCCUUCGAAGAUAUUUUCACCGACUUAGGAGACCUACCCGACUCAUAUCCUGACAACAUGGCUGGAGAAUCGCUUAGUCAAAUGGCCAGGCGGAAAAAUACCGAGAGGAUGGCUGCCCGUAGGAGAGCCGAAGCCGAGCGAACUGAACCUCCACCCCCUCCACCCGACGCUAGGGUAGAAUCUCCUCCACCUGCUCCUGUUGAGGAGACGAUUCAGAAUGAUGUGGCCGAAACGGAACCUGUUGUAGAUCAACAGGAGGGUCAAGUGACGGAGCACAGGGGGGAAAAACGUCCGGCCGAACACGAAGCCGAUUAUUCGGAAAACCUAGUGGAUAAACAGCCACGCGUGGAAGAAUCGGACCUGGCGUCGGGAAGGAUAGCUGAGAUUGGUCGUCACCAACAUGACGUUAUCGAACAUAUCGGCUUUCUCACAGCCAAGGUGGAAAACGAAAAGGACAAGGCAGCAGAGGCCUCUCUCAAAGCCGAGUGUGAGGCCAUGAAAGCGGCGGAAGAAAGAGCGAGGGCCUGUGUCGAAGCAGAUAAGGCCAAGACUGCUAACCAAUUGAGAUUAGCCGCCGAGGAAAGGGCGAACGCUAGCAAAGAAGCGCUCAAAUUGGCCAACGAGACGAUUGCCAAGCUGGAGGCCGAUUUAGAGGAGUCGAAGAGGGCGAUGGCGAGCGCCGAAUCCGAGAUUUCCAAGUCAUUCCAAGCUGGCAAGAAUGUGGCCUUGGAGAACUAUGUCAAGGAAAUGCCCUAG